UUUGUUAUAAGUAAGACAUAACAUUUUCGAUCCAGAAUGGAGGACGAACCCUCCACUUCGGCCUUGGCCUUGCCGUUUGCCUUGGAACACAGGUCCUUGGUUUCGCCCAAGCCAAACCAUCUUGUGGAAUUGGCCUCUCUUAAAUUAUGUCAUUUCAUCGCCAUGCGAUUAGAAGCUCUGGCAAAGGCUAGAAAAGCUCCCAAGGAACGCCCUUGGACCGAGCCCAGGUGGAUUCUGUUCAAGGAUUGGCUCCGAUCAUCCUUACCACGCCCAAGGCUCAAGAGCCUGUAUGAAAAGCUGUUCAAACUAUUUGACAACAGCAACGAUAUUCUGCAGGCCUGUCGCCGGAAUAGGAUCCUUGAAUCCCAUUUUGUCUCCCAGUUCAACAUCCAAGAAUUGCCAGUGGAUCUCAUUUUCGUCCUUUGGUGGUCCUUCAUCGAGCCCUCGACCAAGAACUCAUUUUACCUUUCUACCCUGGACCUCUUCAAUUCAGAGUUCCACUCCCAUUUGAUUACCUAUUUAGCCUCAACGCCCACCCUUUGGCAAGAAGUGACCCUCAGGUUCAACUGGAUUCUCAAGAGGGAGUUCCUCAAGGCUCUCAAGAACCUCCCUGAUCUCAAGCAUCUCACCCUGUUGGGCAGUUGUCAUUCGGAAGUGCUCAAGCUGAUAGCGGGAAAGUUCAAACUAAUGAAGUUGAGCUUGACGGGACCUCUCAUGAAUAUUGAUAAGGCUCUCACUCCUGAGACAUUUGCCGUCUUUCUCAGGAGCCAGCCGCACUUACAGGAAUUGGACCUGACUUCGUUCCAUUCCACGGGCUUUGAUUUGACUCAUGAAGUGAUCAUAACGGCCUUUAAGGCUUGUCCAAAUAUCCGGAAAUGCAUUCUGAGCCGUCAGUUGUGCCAAACUUGGAUCGAUCGAGGGUUCCAAUCCCCUUUGGAACAUAUUCAAGAAAUACACCUUUUAGAUAACUCGCCAGAACAACCACAAAUUCGCGAACUCUCACUCUGGAUUUCAAGGGUUUUCCCGAAUGUGAAGCGAAUGGUUUGGCGAGAGGCUGUCCUUUUGGGUCCAGAUAUGCUCCAUUUUCGUCAUUUCUACCCUCUUUUAACUGACCUCAGAGUCAUGGUUAAAGGCCACUCGGUGCGUUUGUAUGAGGUCCUCUCUCAGUGCUGUCAUUUGAAACGGGCUAGUUUCGACCUGAGCGCCCAAGGGUCGACCACGUCGGAUAUUGCUUUGGUGAGGUCCGCAACACCUCAUCCAAGUCUAACGGAUGUCUCCAUCACCUGCCAUCCUCGUCUGGGCUUUGAUGAUCUUUACUACCUGUUUUCCAAGUGUCCCAAAUUGGCCACCCUGAUGAUCGUGACUGAACAGAUUGAGAACCUAGAAGAAAGGCCCCUGAUCAAGGCCCUGCAAGGAGGAAGCUUGAUGGAGCUCAAAUGUUUGCGAUUGCAGAUUCUGAACCGGACAUUCAAGCCCUGCACAUCGAGUUUGCUCUUUGCCAUCUGCGAAUGCAUCCCCGAAUUGACGUAUUUUAAGAAUUUGGCCAUUUUCUCAUUCGCCCAUCCAAGUGUUGAGCUUAGGAAAUUGGAAGAAUUGGCCAGAAGGAGGUCUUUGCAAGUGGUCUAUCAUGAACGAAGGCCGCUUUUAUGGAUGGCGUGAAUAAAUGUAGCGUUAUUUA